GAUCGUAUGCGCGUGCUAAUCGAAUUUCUCGCGAUUCGCCUGUGCAACUUAGAUACCUUCUCCUAUUGACUUACCAUCUACUGACCACAAAAUCGAGUUCUUUAGUGGUGUUUUCAUAAAGAAAGACGAAGAGAAUGAUGAUGUACCGUUAGAAUGGUGUUUACGUGGAAUUAUUAUUAGAUUUAAGUGCGGGUGUUUUGUGCUGUUUUCAUACGCGUAAUUAGUUCAUUGUGUUGAUGAUAGUCGAAUAGGGAAUGAGUAUAGUAACGUUGAACAGUUAGAAUAUCUAGAAACAACGUGCAAAAGUACAUCGACUUGUUGUCAUAUUGUUUCGUGAACGUCUUCUGACACAGAUUAGGUGAAAUAGCAGUGAACACAAAAUGCUAAAUGACUGCCACAAUUCCCAUCGCGGUCGCUUCUGACAAAACAGUUAGUUCAUUAACUUAAAAUAAAAGAAAAUUUCAUAUCAAUCAAAUCACAUCAGAUCUAGACAUAUUUAGCAUUGUGUGCCGUAAGUGUUACAGCGAACAGUAAAAACAUGAAGGAAAUAUUGGUUAGUCUAAUUUUGACGAGCUGCGUUUUCGCACAGUCGCCGCCACAGGCCCGGGGUGACGACGAUUCGCUUGCAGGCAGCUUCCUAUCCGGUCUAUUGGACACAAUCACCAGCGCAGUCGAUUCUCAAGAUUGUCCAGGAGUUUGCGUCCACACAUUAGCUACCCUUAUCUGUUAUGAAGUCCUCGAUGAUGUACCUUGUCCAUCGCCUAAUAUGCGUUGCUGUAUAGAAAACGCGCCAGCAAAGAAUACCACCAUAAACGCAGAAGAAGCUUCUACUCCAUCUACAACAACUCAUGCUCCAACGAAAGCUGUUCCAACAACAUUGUCAACCACACGUCGUCCUACCACAAAAUCAACGAAGCCUACCAAGCAUAGUACGAAACACGAAGACGAUGAUAGUGAAGGGGACCACCAUGAUGACUCAGGACAAGAAGAGAAACAGUCUUGCUCAGGAGUAUGUGUCAGCGGAAGGAUAGCUGACUACUGUGAAGCACAUUUAACACAACCAAAUUUAUGUAAGGUCGGAUCGAAGUGCUGUGUUUCGCUCAACGACUAUCCAAACGGAAAAUAUCCCAAAGAUAUCUAUAUAUUGGCUGAUCAUGUUAAUAAAAAACCAACAGAUUCAAAACCAUCCCAGGCGCCAUUUAAGACAACAACAGAACCACCACGGAUAAAACCAUCAUCAAAAUCCACGAAACAACCAUCAAAGAAAACAACAUCGCCAACGACUCCAUCCUAUGAUGAUGAUGAAGAUGACGAAGAUAGUGAAGAAAAUGAGCAAACCAAGGAAAAAGUACAACCACAGAAAAAAUGUCGAGGAGAGUGUGUAAGCGAACUAUUCGCUUUACUUUGCGAUGAUAUAGAUCCACAAGCUCAUUGUUCCGGAGGCGGAAGAUGCUGUAUCAACAAGGGUGAUGAGCCAGCCACAGUGACCAAAAUCGAAGAAAAAAUCGUUAUUACAACACCUAAACCCACAAUUAAUCCUAUCGUCAGUGCAGUCAGUGAAAAUCUGUUCUCUCAGAUCCUUACACUGGCUGAAAAUACUCUUACCAGCACAAACCAAGUGGCUCCAGCGCAAUUACCAAAAUGUCCUGGAUUCUGUUUAUUGACUCUAAUGACUGCUUUCUGUGAAAGACCAUCAGUACUUAUAGCAAGCACAUCGACUUGCAAAAAGGGAUCUGUAUGCUGUGAUAAUACAAGGGGCCCUCGUCCAACUGGACCACCACUACGCAGGCCACCGCAACAACCUCCACCAAACUAUCAACCCGCAUUUAUUGCACCAACACCAUCCCCCGAUCCUAGAGAAGAGUGUCCAGGAUCUUGUAUAGUAAGUUUGUUGAGUUUCACCUGCUUCAGGAAUGCUGAAAUGACUGACUUAUUCAAAUGUAAGAAGUCAGGUCAAAUGUGUUGCGCUCCAAAAUCAAAAAUUCAGGAAAAGCAAGGAUAUAUCUUCAGAAAUGAUACUUUCACAUACCCAUAUAAUCAACAGUAUCAACCAGUCACAUCGCCGCAAGGAGUUCCACCUCCGCCUCCGAACAGUAUUUAUCAAACAAACGGAGCACCUGCUCCAAUGCUCACCCCUGCGACAACCCCUCCCACUACAACAACAUCCACCACAACAACUACUCCACGACCUCCAGUCUACUCAAAAUACGUCUGUGGUGUCAAAGGAACCGCUCGAGCUGCCAGAUCCAUCAUGCUAGAUAGCGAAACCUUUAGGCGCGAGAAGGGUGGUCUUGCAAAGCGGCAAAUUCCCGACCUUGGUGCAAGCUACUAUCAUCUCAAUAAAACCACCGAACGAUUAGUUCUGGGCACGGAGAUUGUACCUAUUCAGAUACACAACGAUAAGUUGGGUGACUUGGUCAAUGCAGAUUUUGCAAGAUCACUCCAAUUGCGUGAAGAAAGUCAACGUCCUGAGCCGCUUACUAAAUUCCGUCGAGGACGUGUGGUCGGCGGUGAAGAUGGUGAAAAUGGAGAGUGGUGCUGGCAGGUGGCGUUGAUUAACUCAUUGAACCAAUACUUAUGUGGUGCAGCGCUAAUUGGCACUCAGUGGGUAUUGACCGCGGCUCAUUGCGUCACGAAUAUUGUACGAUCGGGAGAUGCUAUUUACGUAAGAGUUGGAGACUACGAUCUGACCAGGAAGUACGGAAGUCCAGGAGCACAAACUUUGCGCGUGGCCACCACUUACAUUCACCAUAAUCACAACAGUCAAACAUUAGAUAAUGACAUUGCACUUCUAAAAUUACAUGGUCAAGCUGAACUGAGGGACGGUGUUUGUCUGGUAUGUCUUCCAGCCAGAGGUGUGAAUCACGCGGCCGGAAAAAGAUGUACGGUUACCGGAUAUGGAUACAUGGGAGAAGCCGGACCAAUCCCACUACGUGUCCGUGAAGCCGAAAUCCCAAUUGUAAGUGAUGCUGAAUGCAUCAGAAAGGUAAAUGCGGUUACGGAGAAAAUCUUCAUUCUCCCAGCUUCCAGUUUCUGUGCAGGAGGAGAGGAAGGAAAUGACGCAUGCCAGGGAGAUGGAGGCGGUCCUCUGGUAUGCCAAGACGAUGGUUUCUUUGAAUUGGCUGGUUUAGUUUCAUGGGGAUUCGGUUGUGGGCGAGUGGACGUUCCAGGAGUCUACGUUAAAGUUUCAUCAUUUAUUGGAUGGAUUAAUCAGAUCAUAAGCGUUAAUAAUUUGUAAAUUAGUAUUGUAACGAUGAUUACUCUUUGUAAGGUUUUUAUAUUAGAUUUGAUAUUUAAUAUUAUUUAAGGAUAUUAUUUAUUAAAUAUUUAUAAAUUAUGUGUUGGAUUUUGGCGUCUUCAUUUGAUUGAUAUAUUUUCUAUAUUGUCAUAUGAACACCCUUAAAUAUGAAUUAUUGAGAUACGAAAUGAAUAUUCGAUGAAAAUGAAUUAUAAAAAUUAAGAUAAAUUAUCGAUUUGUAAUGUACAUAUUAAUUUAAG